AUGGGUCAAGGCUCUUCAUCUAUGGAGAUCAAACAUCAGAAGGGUGCAGCCGAAAGCUUGUUUCAUAAGAGUCUCUCCUAUUUCUUUAGAAGGGAUGCAAACUCAUCUGUCGCCUUAGUCGCCAGGAAGAGAGCGCAUAAUGUGCUCAAACCUGUUGCUGGUUCUCCAAAUGCUCUUGAUCUGACCAUGGUCACCUGCUUUUCUGGAUUCAAUUCUUCUGGCUCUAACAUCACGACCGUCAGCUCGGAUGUGGACACGUUCCCCGGCUACACUAUGGUUAUCCUGGCGAUCCUAAUGAUAACCCUGGUGGUCGUGGUGGUGGGCGGAAACGCAUUGGUCAUCCUUGCCUUUUUCGUGGACAAAAGUCUUAGAAAUCAAUGCAAUUACUUCUUCCUAAAUUUGGCAAUAUCUGACUUCCUUGUUGGGGCCUUCUGCAUCCCGGUCUAUAUUCCCUACAUCCUGACGGGCAGGUGGAUGCUAGGCCGUGGACUCUGCAAGCUGUGGCUGGUGAUGGACUAUUUGUUGUGCACAGCAUCUGUCUUCAAUAUUGUCUUAAUCAGUUACGACCGCUUCCUGUCUGUUACACGAGCGGUAAGGUACCGAGCCCAGCAGGGUGUCACUCGUCUCGCAGUGGUCAAGAUGUUGGCAGUGUGGGUCUUGGCAUUCCUCCUCUAUGGUCCAGCAAUUAUCUUCUGGGAACUGCUGGUCGGAGAGAGCAUUGUUCCGGAGGACGAGUGUUUUGCUGAGUUCUACUGCACCUGGUACUUCCUGCUCUCUGCUUCCACAUUUGAGUUCUUCUCACCUUUCAUCUCAGUGGCCUUCUUCAACUUCAGCAUCUAUCUCAACAUCCAACGGAGAAACCGUAGCAGGAUGGCACACAUGGAGGCCGAAAAAGAAGAUGGAUGGAGGGUCGUGGAUGGCCAGGCCACGUCCGCGUUCUUCGUGAAAACACGCAAGGUAUCCUCUAGUGAGCCAGCAGCCGUUUCAGCCGUUAUCCAAGAUGAAGAGGAAGUGUCGCCUUCGUCCAGUGGAGAUCCAAGCAGCACACACUCUGUGUCUUUGACAAUGAAGACGACCAAUAAGAAACGGGGAUUGUUCAACGGUUGGGUAAGGACACGCAUAAUACGUGCACAGGAAGCCUCGACCACUUGCGGUCCCUACAGGAGCGGAGGACACGCACGUCUCUCUCGAGACAAGAAGAUUGCCAAGUCUCUGGCAGUCAUAGUGUGUGUUUUUGGGGUGUGUUGGGCACCUUACACCCUCCUGAUGAUCAUACGGGCUGCCUGCAGUGGUACUUGUGUGGAACAUCAUUGGUACGAAGUCACUUUCUGGCUCCUUUGGCUAAAUUCGGCAAUCAACCCUUUUCUCUAUCCACUUUGCCACAGUAGCUUUCGCCGGGCCUUUGCCAAGAUUUUGUGCCCCAAACGGCAGUCUGUUCGGCCACAUGAGGAAAGUCCUUCCUGCCAAUGAUAAUCUAAAAGGAACAGAGGCUGAAAAAAAAGCACCAAGGCAAGAAGGUGAAACAUUUACGCCCAAGCACAUUUCAGCUCAGAAAAUCAAUAUCCUUACGAGAUGGAGUAGCAUGUUUAUUUCUUCAGCAACACAAGAAACUUCCAUGAAAAAGAUUCUUAAUGAAAAGCUGCACAAACAAUAGACCUUUAACUGAUGGAUAUAAACAGUGCAUCCAAGCUGUUGUUAUAUCUUGUCUUGAAGUCACGUAGGAACAGAGUUAAAUUCACUCUUGCUAGCUAAUUACGUUGCAUGUUGUGGGACAUCCGUGGUGAAAAAGUGAUGAAGCUUGUGUUCAGAACGUAUCCGGUUGACAGUUUAUCCAUAUAAACAUGAUUUAUUGACUAUUGUUUAUUCCACUCCAUUUACUCACGCUUCAGCAGAGAAGAGCUGAUCUAUUUGAGACAGUAUUACAACUCAACUCGAGAAACGAAAAAUACACGAAUGUUCUUCUACUACAGCCCAGAGCUUCACAGGCAGACUCUAAAGAGAAUUCAUAUUACCUGCUAUGGACAGGCUGAACCUAAUAUUGUUUUUGAAAGUAUGUUUUGUGGAAUUCUUUUGGAAUGUGAAUGAUGUUUUAAUAUACAGAAUCGAUUUACAAUAAUCAAGUAAUGAAUCACAGAACUUGAACAUUAACUAAUUUACUGUAUCAGGAUGUCCAGAGUGCUUUUUUCAGAAGUCUUCAUUUUCACGUUUCAUAAGCUGAAAAAACCCCUCGCCAUAGCACUCAAAUAUAAAUCAAUUCAAACACGUCUUCACGCAUCUUAUUUCAAUGGAAAGUGAAUUCGAUUUGAGAACUACUCUACAUCGGAGGGAAAUACUUUUAAUGAUUUAUAACUUACAUUUUGGGCUUUUCCUCAAACAGAUGUAUUGUAUGGCUUCAGAAUACAGAAACGUUGUAUGGACUAUGUUUAUUAUGCUCUACCAUCAUGAGAAAGAGCACCCUAGACACUCUGGACCUGAUUUUGUAUUCCACAGAAGAAAGUAAGUCAUAUGGGUUUGAAACAAAAUAUUUUGGUGAUUUUUUUAAAAUAAACUCUUGGUUACAUUGGUAGUAACAAUCGAUUGGUUACAAUCAUAGCAAGAAGGAUGGAAUCAUCUACAUUACUUUUUUACGAGUAUAUCUAUUGUUGUUAGGAAUGUUUUGAAAAUUGUUUACAAUAAUUUCAAUGUUGUUUUUAAAUAAGAUAUAAAUCCUUGUAAAGGAGAACACUGUUAAUCAACAAAAAAUACACUGAUACCCAAUGAUUUCUUAUUUCGCCUGUGUGAAAUCCAGUCACGCUGUGUGCAUUAAAUCUAAUAUAAUUCAUGCAGUUUAUGGAUUGAAUCAGGUAAGCCAACUAAGACCAAUUUAUUUACAAAUGAGAUUCAACGGCUUCCAAGUUCUUUGAGAUGAAUUUCAUUGAAUUUCGUUUUUAUCACCGAAGGGAACAUGGGUAAAAUUGCAAAAGCUAAACAAGAAGUAUGUAUGUCCAAAGAGUUUAGUUUAAAAACACGAAAUAGGAUGUUCUUUCAUUUGAUAUUCAAACCAUUUGCAUGUAAUGACACUCUUAAUUAAAAUGCCCCAACAAUCAAUAAUAUUUUGCAUACAACUUUGAAAAUCAGGUCUUAUCCUUGGAGCUGUCCGUACGCUUCUGCUGGUCUGCUUUUUGCUUCAGUGGAUUAGUAAAUGGCUUUUUUCCAGGUGGCUUUGAGGGCUCUUGAUUUAUCAGUGCUGUUUAGAACUCAAAUUAAUUAAACCACAAUGGCAAGCAUCCUCAUUAGAUCCUUGAAUUUGAAAAUCUAGAAUCUCUUACCCAGGUGAUGCUGCUGCACCCUAUAGUGUCUAUAUAUAGUGAACAAGGGGAAUGACAUGGUUAUUUACAUGAUCAAUGGGUUCAGCAUUUAGAGAGCAGCAUUUGAAGUGACUUCUUGACACUUGUGAAAAAGACAUGGUUUAAUAUCUCUUGCUCGCAUGUUUGAUUUUAAGAUGUUGUGUAGUACAUAGCAGUGUUGGGGUGUUUUAGUAGAGUCACAGUUAAAAAAAAAAAAACAGUGUAGCUUUUCCAAUGACAAGGUACUUUUUUCCAGUACCUGGCUGAGUAGCAUGACAAAAUGAAAAUUGUUGGUUUUUACAAUAUGUAAGUUUUAAGUAACUUUAAAAUGCUAAGUGCUUGACGAAUUAUGUGAAACUAAGUGGAAAACCUUGUCUUUAUGUAGAAACAAUUUAAAAGCACACCUGUGAUUCACGUUUGAGGUAUGACUGUCAUUUCUUGUAGAACAAAUCGGGGAAGUCUCUUCAAGUAAUGUUAACAACAGACAUUAUUUGACCUCAGAAAUCGAAAAUCACUAAAAGCCCAUUAGAAAGUACAAGACUCGAAAAUACAAAUACUCUGAGUUUUAGGACUACAAACUGAACAGAUCUAUACAACUCUUUUAUCGUAAAUUAUAUCAUUAAAGAUUUUAAAGAUAUUGCCCUGUGAAGCUUCUUUUUGUUCGUAAAUUGAAGUGUAGCUAGCUGCUUUUUGAAAAGGGUAGCUUGACUGUAGUUAAAUUGACUAGUCUGACGCCUGAAAAGCUACAGUUUCAGAGCAACCUCCCUUGCAUUGGUAAACAGACUGGCAGAAAAUUGGUAUGAUGGUUGGGGAGGGAGGCAGUUGCUUUAAUAAUAUCAAGCAUUAUGUAUAUGCACACAGUUCUACAAGAACUGUCAAAGAAAACCACAGAGAAGAGGUCGAACCACCAUAGAAUCGGUUCAGCAUGAACUGCUGCCUGUGGAUGAUACGCUCCCACAUAAGUGUGCAGAUUUCAGGCUGUUCUUAAGUUACACUGACAGAACACAAUGAGUGGGACCAAAGUCCUUUGAAGAUGUUCCACUAAAAUGCGGAACUCAGUCUGACUCAAGCUUAUUGCAAGAACUAAGCUUAAGGGUUUAACGUUACAAAACAGUGUCAAGGAUGAGUUUGAUUAGGUGCUUAUAUCAUUUUCUGUAUGAUUAACACUCUAAUAGCGGUAAGAAGGUUUGUUACCCUGAUUAAAAACAGCUUAGACCAGCAUAACUUACCUGGUGAGACUGGUUAAGUCAUUUUUAUUUGUAUAGCACUUUUCACAACACAUCAU